AUGCAUGAUGUAGUUCGCGAUGUUGCUAUUUGGAUCGCAUCUUCCCUGGAGGAUGGAUGUAAAUCCCUUGCUCGAUCAGGAAUCAGUUUGACUGAGAUUUCAAAAUUUGAGUUGUCACAGUCUCUCCGGAGAAUGUCUUUCAUGUACAACAAAUUAACAGCAUUACCUGAUAGAGAAAUACAGUGUUCAGAGGUGUCGACUUUACUUCUACAAGGUAAUCCAGACCUUGAUAUAGUUCCAGAGAGAUUCUUUCAAGGGCUUAAAGCACUCAGGUAUCUUGAAGAAUUACCCCCACUGGGAGGGCUUAGAAGGCUGCAAGUGCUUGAUUGCAGUUACACUCGUCUCAAGGAAUUGCCAGAAGGGAUGGAGCAACUGAGCCAUUUAAGGGUAUUAAACCUGUCACACACCAAGCAGUUGCAAACCUUUCAGGCCGGAGUAGUGUCCGGGUUAACUGGUUUAGAGGUUCUGGAAAUGACUUACAGUAACUAUAAAUGGGGAGUACAGGGAAAGUCACUGAUACAGAGGAAGACAAAAUUUGAGAAAAGGCAGGUGAGACUGGGUAAAGGUGAUCCCUCUGGUGAAUGCAUUGGGUGCUUGUUAACCAAUUCAAGCUCUCUUACCCUCUUUAAUAUCAGGGGACUGAAUCAGACCAUUGAAACCUUGGUCACAAGAAGUGUUGAUUGCUUUUCUAGUUUGAAGUCGCUUUCUGUCGCGAAUUGUGACUAUACCUUUCCACCAGUGAGAGGAAGUGGUUCCCAAUAUGACCCACUACCAAACUUAGAGCACCUUAAACUCAUUAAGCUAACAGCUCUGGAGAGCAUUUCAGAAAUAGCUGUGCAUCUUGGUCUCAGAUUCUCAAGCCUAGGAGUAUUGCAUGUAUUGGGUUGUCCCAAAUUAAAAUAUCUUCUCAAUUGCAGUACUGAUUUUACUCAAACCUUGGGAAGCCUGGAAGAAAUCAGGUUACACUACUGUGAACGUUUGCAUGAUCUAUUCAUAUACAGUCCAGGGCAGAGUCCCACGUCAUAUUCUGUUGCUCAAAACUUGAGGACAAUAUACUUGUACAAGCUUCCCAAGUUGAAGACUUUAUGCAGAGGCAGAGAACCAGAGUCAUGGGAGCACAUUGAGGAGCUUGGAGUGACAGAUUGUAGAAUGUAA